UUUCCAUACUGCGGGCGUCUGUGAUUUUUGUAAUUUAUUUAAAUAUUAAAAUCACUAUUUAAAUCGAAUUUGUAAAUUAAAGUGUUAAACUAUUAAAAAUGGAGUGGAUGAUACCGGUAAACGACAUGCUCAAAGAUGAGAUCACCAAAGUGAACUAUACAUUGAUACCUCCAGGGUGCCAUGGUGAUGUUCGUACUGUGAGAAUCGUGCAAGAAAGUCUGGGCAAGCUGAUCGACUCGCUCGGAGAGCAGUCAGCAUCGGCCCAGGGCCUCUCCAAAGCCAUCACCACCGCUGAGAAGCUCCGGAACGCGCCAACUCAUGUCCUGUACCUGUUGAAAGACGCCAGUGCGAAGAACGGCGACGGCGAGAUCAUAGGCUUCCUAAAGGUGUCCUACAAACACCUGUACCUGUUCGACGAGCGCGACAAGGUGCGCGAGGUGGAGCCACUGUGCGUGCUCGACUUCUACGUGAGCGGCGCGCGGCAGCGGCGCGGCAACGGCAAGAGGCUGUUCGACCACAUGCUGCAGGAUACCGGCAGCCGGCCCCAAGACCUGGCCGUGGACGGUCCGUCGUCCAAGAUGGAGACCUUCCUCGCCAAAAACUACGGCGUCGACCGUCUCAUCCGCCAGAGCAACAACUUUGCGGUCUCACCCGCUUUCUUCAUCACUUCGCCUGAUGCCAAGUAA